AUGGCGGUCAUGAAGGCAUCGGCAGUAGACAUGUCCGAUGCAUACUGGUCUCAAGAUGCUCGCUUCGGCCCGCUGCGUGAGGCAUCGAGUACUCUUGCUGCUGAAGCACCUGACAAGUUCCAAAUGGACGGAGUCUCGGUCGCGCGGCAUGAGGUGGACUCCAUGAUCGGGGUGGAGCUGCAAACUUGGCUGUUCAAGGAAUUCGGUGUACAGAUCAGUGUUCAAGUCCUGUCAAACCCCAACACCACAUUCCGGUCUUUAGCAAGCUUGGUUGCCGAACACAUUUACGUCGCUGCUUGA